ACAGCGGCGGCCGUCAUGGAUUCGUCGGCGAACACAAACCAAGCUUUAACGGCGACGCGUUUCUCCGACCUCGAACUGGAACCUCCACUUUCCGGAGAUAUCAUUGAGGCGCUUAAGAAAUCUAAUUUUGAGUUCUGCACUCCGGUUCAGGCCGCGACGAUUCCUUUACUCUGCAGGCACAAGGAUGUCGCCGUCGACGCUGCCACUGGUUCUGGAAAAACCCUAGCUUUCGUCAUCCCACUCGUUGAAAUCCUCCGUAAAUCCACCUCAUAUCCUCCCAAGUCUCACCAGGUCAUGGGGGUGAUUAUCUCGCCAACUAGAGAGCUAUCGACGCAGAUAUAUAAUGUAGCGCAGCCAUUUAUUUCCACUUUGGCAAAUGUGAACUCUGUGUUACUUGUUGGAGGCAGAGAGGUGAAAGCUGACGUGAAGAUUAUUGAAGAAGAAGGAUGCAAUAUCUUGAUUGGUACACCUGGAAGGCUUUCGGAUAUAAUGGAACGAAUGGAGAUUCUGGAUUUUCGAAAUCUUGAGAUUCUUAUUUUAGAUGAGGCAGAUAGGCUUUUGGAGAUGGGGUUCCAAAAGCAGGUGAAUUACAUUAUCUCACGCUUGCCAAAGCAGAGGAGGACUGGCCUCUUUUCAGCUACGCAAACAGAGGGCGUUGAAGAGCUCGCCAAGGCUGGGCUUAGGAACCCUGUGAGAGUUGAAGUUCGAGCUGAGUCGAAUUCAGAAUCAUCCCAGCAAUUGGCUAACUCGAGAACCCCUUCUGGUCUUCAUCUUGAGUAUAUGGAAUGCGAAGCAGACAAAAAAUCAUCACAACUAGUGGAUCUGCUCAUCAAGAACAGUAAUAAAAAGCUUAUAGUGUUCUUCAUGACAUGUGCUUCUGUUGAUUACUGGGGACUCGUACUUUCAAAAAUUCCAACCCUGAAGUCCAUAUCUUUAAUUCCAAUCCAUGGAGAUAUGAAGCAAAAUGCAAGAGACAAGGCAUUAGCUUCAUUUACUAAAGCAUCAAGCGGUGCCCUUCUGUGCACAGAUGUUGCUGCACGUGGACUUGAUAUUCCAGGCAUUGAUUACGUAGUUCAGUAUGAUCCCCCACAAGACCCAAAUAUGUUCAACCAUAGGGCCGGCAGAACCGCAAGGUUGGGAAGACAAGGGAGGGCUAUUGUGUUUUUACUGCCCAGGGAGGAAGCCUAUGUAGAGUUUAUGCGCAUAAGAAGAGUCCCUCUGGAAGAGAGGAAAUGCUCUGAAGACGCCUCUGACGUCAUCCCGAUUAUACGUUCGGCUGCCAUGAAGGAUCGGGCAGUGUUGGAGAAGGGAUUAAAGGCAUUUGUUUCCUUUGUCCGUGCUUAUAAGGAACAUCACUGUUCUUUCAUUUUCAGAUGGAAAGAACUUGAAAUCGGAAAGUUAGCCAUGGGAUAUGGCCUUUUGUAUCUUCCUUCCAUGUCUGAAAUUAAACAACACAGACUUUCUAGUGAGGGUUUCACACCCGUUGAAGGCGUCAAGUUUGAAGACAUAAGAUUCACGGACAAAUCUCGGGAGAAACAAAGGCAGCAAAACUUAAAAGUAAGGAAAGAGAAACGGCAAGAAGAGAAAAAAGAGAAAGGCAAGAGGAAAAGGGUUGAUGCAUCUGCUACAAAUGAUUCUAACAAAGCGUCAAGAAAGUUAACGGGGAAGCAAAGGCAAACUAUUCAAACAGCUGAAGAUGAAGAAGAAAUGGAUCGAGAUUAUAAAUUACUGGUAAAAGUAAAGAAAGGGCUGAUUAAAGAAGAUGAAUUUGCAAGACUUACAGGAGAUGAUGAUUUAUUCUGAGGGGAAGAAACAAUCCUUGAUGUUUGGAUUAGUAGCAGAGAUGGACUAAGCUUAGUGUUUCUACUCUCGUAUGUGUGUAAGUUAAAAAGAAAGAGUCAAGUUUUGUAGGCAUAGCUUCUGAUUCUGAAUUUUGAGAAUUUUUCUUCUUGUUUUUGAAAUUUAUCUAAAGAUAUUAUUCUCAAGUUGCUGUGCGAACUUGGCUUAAAAGAUUCACUUUCAUUUUUGUGUUC